AAACAUUAAACAUUUAGAUAUUUUCUAUAUUUUCUUACAUUUAUUUAAUGAUGAAAGUUUUGAAAACUUUAAUGUUCAAAGUUUUAUUAAGUUCACUAAGUUUUUGUUUAGAUACCAUUAACAAAAAAUUUGAACAAGAAUUUUUAAUAAGUAUACCAAAUAAUUUGAGGCAAUUGAUAAUUGAUUUUCCUCAAAAUUCAAUAGGAACAUAUCAACGUGGUGCUCUAAUCAAUACUACUACUUGGGAAAGGCUUUGUAAAACUAUUCAAGAGCAAAACAAACUCAAGAUAUUUAAGAUAAACAGUUUUCAGACUUUAUCAAAUAAUGUUCUUUUGUCCUUAGAAAUUCAAAAGCAUUCUUUAGUUCAUAUUGAAUUUAAAAAUAUUAGGUUUAAUAAUGUUGAUUUAAAAGAUUUCAAUAAUUUAUAUAAUUUAGGAUAUUUAAAAUUUGAAUGUUGUAAAGGUAUAUUAUUAAAUCAAUGAGAGAUUUUAAAGGUUGCUUCAUUUAAGCUCAAGGAACUAUCAAUUAUAUGUAAUAAAUGGAAUGCUGGUGACACAUCUUUAAUGGUCAAAUAUUUUGGUACAUCAUUACAAAGAUUAUUAGUUGAACCCCUUACAAUUAAUCUUAUUGAAAAUAUAUCGAUGUAUUGUCCAAAUCUUAUUUAUUUAAAAUUAGGAAUUUAUUCAUGUACCAAUUUAUCAGUAUUAGCAUAUUUUAAAAAUUUAAAAACUAAAAUGUUAAGUAUU